UCGUCUGGUGCAAAAUGGCGGUUUGAUCGUCUGAUAGAUUCGGCAUUAGACUUCAAAUCUUGCCCAUGCCUGACAAUUUCCAACUUGAAAACGAUCGGAUUCUUACGGUAUUAUCGAACGCUAACGGUUCUUUCGGGAAAUGAGUACGGAGAAGGGCGAAACGAAGAGAAAGAAAGGUAUAACAUGGGCUGAAGCCGCCAAACAGGUGCUAGAGAGGUCUACCGAGCCGCUUACACAUAAAGACAUCCUCAAAGUCAUUAAGGAAGAGGGUUUGCGCGAUUUGAGCCGUGGGACAGCGCCCUUAGCGUGUCUUAACGCUAUGCUUCACCAUCACUCUCGUGGGCCAAAUGAUCUAUUUAUUAAAGUCGAAGGACGAAUGAGUUGUUACCGACUCAAUCCAAACAGGGUUGAAACUUCAGGAGAAAAUUCUGCACAAGACUCUGAUUCUGACCUUAUGGAUAUGACUGAUGAUGCAGAAUUUAGCAUGUUCCUUGAUAAGGAGAGUGUGAAUGGAUCUCAUCUCAACAAUGGAAAAGUUAAGUUACCUAUGGGAACAAAUGACAUUGUAAUGCCACAGCUGAAACCACCGCCGCCCAAUCUGUCCCCUAGGGAGACCAAACCAAAGGCAGCACUUACAAAAGAUGGACGACUACAAAAAAAACGGGGUCCAAAACCUGGACCUCGCAGUCAGUCAUCAAACAAAAGACCAAGGUUGAGUAGUACAAGGCCAGUGCCAAAGAUGGUGUUGAAAAAUCUCAAAGUAGGUACCAUUGAAAGUGGAUCAGGAAGUAAUGGAAGGAGUGGGAAUGGGAAACAGGUGAAGGCUCCAUCCGUUCUCAUUCCACCCUCAUCCAAACUCAUACCUCCAUCUAGUGCAUCUGUUACAGCCAAUGCUAUCGCAAGCCACAGCUUUCCCAGGGUUCCAAGUUCAGUUGAUGGUCUGGAAGCUCAAGAAAAAUUGGAGAAAUUUUCUGACCUAUGGACAUCAUCCAAGCCAAGAAGAUACAAGAAAAUGAGUGUUGCUGCACAGUUAAAGAGAACUAAGGAAGGACGCGUAGACAUACAGUCUCCAGACUCGAUUCUCACUAGUAUUCCCCUUCGUUCUCUCAUCAACCAGCGAACAUUUAAUAUGUUGCCACAAUGGUAUCAGUACAAGUUAGUGACUUUACUACCAAAAGUUGACCGGGCAAUAGGCCAUGAUGGAGCUUUAAGACCAUCACACACUGCAUUCACAAAUGAGUUCUUUGCAAGUGCAUGUCAUUCUUGGAAAGACAGGCUUCAGGAUGGUGACUUUAUGACUGAUAUGCAACAGAGGAUGAAACAGGAGGAAGAGAGACUUGCAAAAUUGGAUCCUUGGAAGGCCAAGUUCUUCGAGCCUGUCUGGGGAAAAAGGAACAUUCCAGACAAUUCUUUAUCCCAAGACCCUACAGAUUCCUACUUCACAGCCCCACUCUCCCCGGCGCCAGCCUCGUCACCAAGAAGCACCAUGACUGCAAACCAUAAGGAUCCCACCCUGGGUAGGUCACAACUCAAAUCACCAAGGGUGGCAAGUGGUAUGAUACAACCGCUGACAGUACCUGUACAAAAACUACCGGCGCAUUGUCUUCCUAAACGAGUCACCGAGUCAAGGAGAUCCGAAGCCGCUAAACAGCUCCGUGCGAACGCACGUACGUCUCGACCGCGGUCCAUACCAAUUUACAAAAUGGUCACUGUGGCGGUUGCCACAGAAGCUCUUAAAGCUGUAAGAACUUGCGCUCCACCGUCCAUGCUUACUGCUAGUACGGUGUACGCGAAAAAACGGACAAUAAAGACGCCUUGUAGCGAGGCUUCAACUGACAGCGCGUUGUCUCGAGAAACGUCAGCAGCUUCCAUUUCUACUCCGUCGAUUCUAUCCCACGAUGCUGUAGAGCUCCGUGCUCCCGCCUCCCUCAUAAAACCGAGACCUCCAUCCCGUGCUGCCAUGCGUCAACAGGUGGCAGCCAACCGGGAGGAUCUAACACGACGAGGCUCUGCUUCGGGCACUGCUACAAGAGGUGGCUUUACGUCGACUACGGUGUCCGCUAAGAACUUUAACAGAUCGAUGCUGCUUAAGAGUUGUUCUUGCCGUCUGAAAGCGAUGGAGGUUUGCAGAAAAUGCGGAGCAUUCUGCCACGAUGACUGUAUCAGCGCGGCCCAGCUCUGUAACUCGUGCGUCAGUGUUAACUGACCGACGCCACAUGCAAUAUGUUCAUAUCAUUCUGGUCUUAAAAAUUAAAUUUCACUUGUCCUUAAUAGAGAUAAUCGCGCUUCCGUUGCCACCAGAAAGUUAACACCUCACGGUUGAGUUUUUGUUCACUAUUAUUAUUAUUUCUCUGUUUGCUUUUACCUUUGCUUUUUGAGAUCUUUCCAAAUGUUAGACAGAUUUCGCUUGAUGUGAAUGCCUCGUUGGCGUCAAAACCGCGCGAUUUUUAGUACUAAAUACUUCGCCUCCAUGAACAAGACCAGAGGGAAAAGUUUUUACAUCGCUUACCAGUCUAUUUUUGAUUU